GGAAACUAAAGAAGGGGAAAUAAGUCUUUGAUGGCGGGGCAGCAGCAGCAGCAACAGUCCAGCUCAGCGUCGGGGGGAGCCCAGGACAACGACAUUUUCGACAAAUACACGUGCCCCAUCUGCCUGGAACUCUUCAAGACUCCUGUCAGAAUGGUGUGCGGACACGUAUUCUGUGCAUCGUGUCUGCGUCGGUGCACGUAUGACAAAACCUCUAUGUGCGCCGUGUGCCGGGGAAAGCUAAAAACGGAGUCCUGCGCCUACGAUUUGACAACACAAAUGGAAAACAUUGAGGCAUCAUGCAAAGGCUGCAAUAAAAAAAUGAAGCUUUCAAAGAUGCGAGAGCACUUGGCCGCCUGUUCAAAAUAUGAAAAAUAUGUCAUGAAUGGAAUUAAGUCUGUCAAAAUGGGCCAAUCUCAGGAAGUUGGUGAUAUCCCAAACCGCUUUACCUUCACCUGCCCCUACUGCCAGGAACAGAACCUCGCUCGGGAAGGGUUAGUGGAUCACUGCAGGAGGUUUCACUUGACAGAUGCAACGCCUGUGGUUUGCCCAAUCUGUGCCUCCAUGCCAUGGGGAGAUCCAGGUUACAGGAGUGCCAACUUCAUAGAGCACAUUAAUCGUAGACAUCGCUUCUCCUACGACACUUUUGUGGAUUACAGCGCAGACGAGGAAGCAAUGAUAAAUGAAGCAUUGGUACGGUCUGUUUCAGAAAACUGAGCCUUCUCGGCUUCCGCAGCUGAGAUCGGACGCAGAAAUUCCCGCGACCACCGUUGCGCCAACUUGGAAAUAGACUUUCCAACAACUU